AUGUCAAAUGGUUGGGGCGUUUAUCCAGCGGGUACAUUAAACGGGAGCUGUUUAGAGAAAAAUGAUGAGGAUUUAUGGGAGAGAAUCAACGAGGAACUUGAUUUGAUUCAGAUGCAACAAAACAAACCGAAGAAGCCACGGGAAAAGGAAACGUUAAUCAAUGUGAACGGUGCUUCGACGUCGAAGAAAGAGAUCAAUCGUCAAGUAGACAAUGUUUCGAUGAGAAUCACAAUGGUUGAUGUUUCUGCUCAUCGAUUCACUUUUCGGAUUUCCUCGAAACCGACACGGAUAUCAGUAGAGGUAGUAGCUGGUUCAAUAAUUCAACCAGUCACCGCACUCGACAACAAGUUGAUCGUCGCUUCUUUGGAGGAGAUUGGGAAAGGGGAAAGAGUUGAGGAUCCUGUUUAUGGAAGAGUUUCUGAGAUGAUGGACACUUAUGUGGUUGUCGCAGCGAAAGAUACACUUGCUAUAUCCAGACAAGCCGGUCGAAUGUUGAUUCCAUUGUCAAACGAAGAGCGACAUCUCAUCGCCUCAAACCAAAAACGGCUCUCAUUUUUGGAGAAUCUUAUAGACGGACAAGCGGUUUUAUACUUGAAUAAGGAGGGUGAAUUAGUGAAUGCUCAAAUCGCUAGCCAGAUUCUCAAAGGAGACAUCUUGUUUUUUAAUCUUGAGAUUGAUGGGAUUCCGAAAAAGAUUGAGACUACUGCAGCUAGAAUUUAUCCAAGAAAAGUGGCAAUGAAAAUUGAAGAGUCUAGAGCUCAAACCUCGAACGGAGCCCCGGUGGUGAGAAAUGUGCCGAUCAAAAUCCUGGAGACUGGAUUCGAGCCCGAGAAACGAUCGUAUCCAAAUUCAUUCCAUGAUGAUUUGAGAAAAUGGAAUGGCGAUCCGUUCACUUCGGGCCCGACACCAGUUGCCCCGCCGAGGAAAAGUCGAGGCUCAAAAGAAAUACCAAGCAAUGACCAGAAAUCGGAACAUCAAUCCAGCGCCUCAAGCUCUGGGGACAUGACGUCGGUGGGCAGAAGUAAAUCAGCGCACUCGGGUAUGGCUCAACACGUGGUGCACAGUAAAAGCUUAUCGCAAGAGGAAAGUGAAUUCAAAGUGGGUGAUCGGGUUUUGUGGAAAAAGGAUCGAAACGACGAGCAAAAGGCGACUCUCCGGUGGAUCGGACACCUUCGAGGGUACUCGAGUCUCUAUGCUGGAGUUGAAUUUGAUCAACCAAUUGGACAAGGAACAGGGACUUUCAAAGGAGAAAGUAUUUUCAAGACAGAACCUGGCUAUGCUGGAUUUCUGCUCUUAUCCGUUUUGAUAAAGAUUGAAGAGAAGCCGAAGAAAGGAUACAAUGAUGUGAAAAAUCUCUUGGACAUUGCGAUUCCGGUUGAACCGUCGACGAGUCAUCAAAGAAACUACCACGAAGACUACAAGAAAGCAGCGAACUCUCGGAAUUCCCCGUCUCUUGAACCAUUUUCACAUAGAUCAAAGAAACCGAUGCCGAGAGUUGCCCCAAGACCACAAAUGAGGCCCGAGGAUUUUCUCAUUGACUCAUAUGCGCCAGGUGCCUGUGUUGAAGUUGUGAUGAAUGGGAGCACCCGAUGGGGAGUGAUUCGAUGGGCGGGGGAUUGCAUCUCGCUCGAUUCGACUCGACUCGAGAAAAGCGCGCAAGUGGAACUGGAGACUGAUCCGCCGACUGAUUGGCGAUUGGCUGCUGAGUGCAAUGUGGGCGAAGUGAUUGGCGAAACACUGCGCACGGUUUUGGUGCCCCAAUCGGCGCUUCGUCGAGAUCGUCGCUUCGAUUCGAACACUUUACCCCAGCUACCCCGAGCUGCCUCUUCAUCGAAUCUCAUCUCUGUGCCCUCAUAUAGCUCUGAAUGUGUGGACAGCGGCGUCGAAGUGGAGCCACAAGUGCCGACGCUUCGAACCGAGAAUCUCAUUGGCACAAUGAAAGGGAUACAGGGCAGCAAGAACAGUUGCUAUUUGGACUCAACUCUCUACGCGAUGUUCGCUCAAUGUCGGGCUUUUGACACAAUGCUAACACGAGAGAUGAUGCCUAAUGACAUAGCCGAGUACAAUGCACUGAGGAAAACGCUGGCUUAUGAAAUUGUGUAUCCACUGAGGAAGCGUCAUUUUGUUCGCGCUGAUCAUAUUAUGAAAUUUCGUGGAAUGUUGGCCAAAGUUUUAACCACUCAGGGAUUAACUUCUGAGGAACAAGACCCUGAAGAAAUUCUCAACGGGCUUUUCGAGAAAGUGUUUCGCGUUGAGCCGUUUAUUGAGCUUGUAUCUCAAGAAAACGUGCAGGAUAAGCGCUGGGUUUUUCAAAUUUUGCUCGACAAUGCGGCUAUUGGUGGGGUGACGACCACGCAGCAUUUACUCGAAAAAACGAUGAAAGAGGCAAAUGUGCGUUUCCGCUACGCGCCGAGAGUGCUUUGCCUUCAGCUGCCGAGACACGGCAAACAGAAGCUUUAUGAUCGUAUUGUUCCACUUGAGAAAAUCGAUAUCACUCCACUAGUUAGGAACGCUUUGGUCCCAUGUGGUGACUGCGGGAGACUGGCUGAAGUGUUCUGUCCAACUUGUUUCCUCACGAAUCGCGUUCUUCUCAGCGAUGUGUCAAAGUGCUUGAGCUGUUUCCAAGAGGCUCACAUGGAUGAAAGUGUGGCGAAUCAUCAGCCUCGUUACUACUACCCGCCAGUGAGCAGCACACCAUAUCCACAGCGUUUCAUUUUACGACUCCGCUCUGUGAUCUCUAUCGAGAGCUCUCAUUAUGUGUCAUUUGUUCGCUCUGACAAUCGAUUCCUUUUCUUCGAUUCGAUGGCUGAUCGCCAUGGAGGACCGGAUGGGUACAAUAUUCCAACGGCUGUCGAAUGUCCGACACUCAAAGCGUGGUUGAGCAUGGAUGGUUGGAAGAGAACAGAAGCGAUGGAGGAGCAUCUUAAAGCAGGAGUCAAGAAUGUCGAAAACGAUCGUUUCGCUACUCGUCUGAUGGGCGAUGCGUACAUUUGCAUCUACGAACUCCAGGGGCAACCGCUUGAAGAAAAACUCAUCAGUCUC